GUGUCAGCAGAGAAGAAACUUAAUACUCGGGGGCUGAGGGGUAGAAGGCUUUGCCUGCACAGAUGGGGAUGGUUUGGGGCCCAUUUAAAUGGGCAGGGAUGUGCUCUGUGGGAUCUGCCAUCUCCUGCUUUUCCCCAGUCUGAGAACAGCUCAGAUCAUUUCUGGAACUUGCAAAGCUUCCCGGGCGGCAGAUGGAUGAGGUCUCUUUGGAGUCUGUCAAGCUAUGAGUGCUUCUGCCCAAAGGUUGACCCUCUUUUGGAGGAACCCUGAGCUCCUCACCUGACAAGGAGAGGUUUGUAGCAGCAGAAGUCCUUCUGCUCUUGGAGCAAAGAGGCGCCAACAGAAAUAACUGAUGUGACCAUAGAGACAAAGUGCUUUGGGAAGACACCAAUUCAGAAAGGAGGGAGCUGCUUGCCUUUGAUCAUCUUGUGGACUCUCCUAGGGCUCUUUUCCUUUGGGCAGCACUGAAAAUAUGUGAGUGAAUUAAGAUGUUCCCUUGUUCUGGGAUUUCAGCUGUGAACUCGCCCAUCUGCUGCCUGAAGCCAACAGCGGAUGAAGGAUACUGUAUUUGUUAGAGGAAAGAAGACGUUACUUUCUGUAGGUCUGAAAACAAAAGCAAUGCUCCUUUCCCCUUCCCUUUCAAGGGCAGUGUACAGAGAGAAAAAGAAGUGUCCCAGAUAAGCACAGUUCAAGAUUCCAGCAACUUAGUGAUGUUGCCCACGCAGAUGGAGUGAAGACUGGAAAACAGCUGAAAACUGGAGAGCAGCGCAUGUUGUAUGGACAUGAAGAUGCCAUCAGCAUCUUCAAAACCCUGGGUCCUGCCUGUGAACUUAACAGAGAGACCUGUCUGCAAAAUUGUUCCAAGUAGACCUCAGCCCCGCUGCUUCCUUCUGCCAGUGGGCUUGGAACUCUGGGUUUAUGUUCAGAAAAUGCGCAACCUGAAGAAGAAGAGAAUGGAGGCGUCCUGCUUGGAACUGGCCCUGGAAGGAGAGCGCUUGUGCAAGGCUGGGGACUUCAAGGCUGGGGCAGCCUUCUUCGAAGCAGCGGUGCAGGUGGGGACAGAGGACCUGAAGACUCUCAGUGCCAUCUACAGUCAGCUGGGCAAUGCCUAUUUCUACCUAAAGGAGUACUCCAAGGCCCUGGAGUACCAUAAACACGACCUUACCCUGGCCAGAACCAUUGGGGACCGCAUCGGAGAAGCCAAGGCAAGUGGCAACCUCGGGAAUACAUUGAAAAUCCUCGGGCAGUUUGAUGAAGCUGUUGUUUGUUGCCAGAGACACUUGGACAUUUCUCAGGAGCAGGGAGACAAGGUAGGUGAAGCCAGAGCACUCUAUAAUAUAGGAAAUGUUUACCAUGCAAAAGGAAAGCACUUAUCUUGGAACAUGGCCCAGGAUCCAGGCUACCUGCCUCAAGAAGUCAAGGAGACGCUACAGAAAGCUUCAGAAUAUUAUGAGAGGAACCUGUCCCUGGUGAAGGAGCUGGGGGACAGAGCCGCGCAGGGCCGUGCUUACGGCAACCUCGGCAACACCCAGUACUUGCUUGGCAACUUCAGUGAAGCUAUAGCCUUCCACAAGGAGCGCCUUGCUAUUGCGAAGGAGUUUGGGGACAAGGCAGCCGAGCGGCGAGCCUACAGCAACCUGGGCAACGCACACAUCUUCCUUGGGAGGUUUGACAUCUCCGCUGAGUACUACAAGAAAACACUCCAGCUCUCCAGACAACUCAAAGAUCAAGCAGUAGAAGCCCAGGCUUGCUACAGUCUUGGAAACACGUACACACUGCUUCAAGAUUAUGAAAGAGCCAUCGAGUACCACCUAAAACACCUGGUGAUAGCACAGGAGCUGGGAGACAGGGUGGGAGAAGGAAGAGCCUGCUGGAGUCUCGGAAAUGCCUAUGUCUCCCUGGGGAGCCAUGAACAAGCUUUGCACUUCGCAAGGAAACAUCUUGAAAUCUCCCAAGAGAUCGGGGACCGGAACGGUGAGCUGACGGCACAGGUGAACAUGGCCCAGCUCAAGACAGCCCUUGGCCUGGGCCCCGGGGAUGAGGACAUGGGUACAGCUCAUCACUAUUCUGGCUAUGAAGCACAAGGAGCCAGGCCAAAGAGACUCCAAAGGAACAGCAUGGACAGCUUAGACCUCCUGAAGUUCCCUUCUGAAAAGGACCAGAAUGGGGACAGCCAUCAUGUGGGAGACAUGAAGAUCUCAGGAAAAGAGUUCUUGUCCUUACCUGCGAGGUCAAAGAAAUACCGAGAGCACCAAUCCAGUUCAGAGAGAAAGUCCCAGGGGUCAAGUACGUCGCCACUGGAUACCAGUGAAGUCCGAGUCCAGGUGUCACAGUCGAAAAUCAACCGGACCCCUUCGGAUGAGGAAUGCUUCUUUGACUUGUUGAGCAAGUUCCAGAGCAACCGGAUGGAUGAUCAGCGCUGCCCGUUGGAGGAAUGCCCAUCGGAGGCUGCCGAGGCAGCUGCCACACCGGUCCCUGCCCUGGAAGAACGGAUAUCACAGUCCUCCCUAAUGGCGUCUCCGCAAACGGAGGAGUUCUUCGAUCUCAUCGCCAGCUCCCAGAGCCGACGGCUGGAUGACCAACGCGCCAACGUGGGCAACCUGCCCGGCCUGCGGAUAACACACAACAACAUGGGGCACCUGCGCGUGGAGGGGGAUGCCCAGGAGCCCGGGGACGAGUUCUUCAACAUGCUCAUGAAGUGUCAGUCCUCCAGGAUCGAUGACCAGCGCUGUGCCCCCCCAGACUCCAUCCCCCGCGGCCCCACCAUGCCGGAUGAAGAUUUUUUCAGCCUCAUCCAGCGUGUCCAGGCCAAACGCAUGGAUGAGCAGCGGGUGGAUUUGGCCUCAGCCCAGGAGGAGGCAGCAGAGGAGCAGCAGAGGCCUGGUUCCAGCUAAGAACUGGGGUUUGGCUUGGGGAGGGAGUUGUUUUGGUUUCAUUUCUGUUUUUAAAAAGGAAAAAAAAAAAAAGUGUAGGUGGUUUCAAAGCCAAGUGUCCCUACGCUCCAGGAGCUGCCCCCUCCCCAGCACAGCAGGGCCCAGCUGCCGGGGGACGGGUUUUAAACAAGGGGGUUCUUGGGACAUGCGGCCGCUGUAACACCGGGCACAGCAUGAGGGAAGACAACUUUGGCAGCCCCUUUGCUGAUCACCUAAAAAUCCAGAAACUUCUGUUGACGGCCAAAGGAGGAGCCCGGAGUGGGUGGUUGACUCCAGCCUGGAUGUCUUUUAUUGCCACAACACUUCUAAGUUAACAGGGGAAGGGAAGAGCACCUUUUCCAUUCUGAAGCCCUCCUGUCUUGCCUGCAGAACAAGGUGACACAAAUUGCUCUGGAUCCUUCCCUGGAACAUCUCGCUCAGAUCUGUUCUUCCUGCAGGAGGAAAUGAGCCCAAGUCAGAGGCCACACCAGUCCUUUUAAACCUCACCCCAGCCACAGUCGUGGUCCUACACACCUUAAAAGUUUAUUUUAGGUUUGCUGAGGCCUCUGCAGCGAGCCCUGUGCCACCCCUGCUGCUCCCCAGCCACAGAGCUGAGCCAGCGCCCCCCAGCAGGGGCAAAGCCUCGCUCCCCCCGAGCUUUACUGAGCUCUGGUCACCUCUAGAGAACAGCCCUGAAGCAAAGCCCAGCCUCUGCCUGGGACAAAGCCUGAGGGGCCUGUGGGGGCAAGGGGUCCUCUGCCUGUCUGCUCAGCACCGGGCAGAUGGGGGCAACUCACCUCUGAGGGUGGUGCUGAGCCCCCAGCCCCGGCAGGACCGUCCCAGGUGCAGGUGAGCACGCCCGAGGCCGGCGUUCAGCAGGGACCCACUUCAGGAGCCAGCAGUUUUCUGGCCAAGGACUAUCGGGAGAGCAAGUGGAACCAGCCCCUCCCUCCUCCCCGUGGGGGUCAGGGCCCUUCCCUCCCCUCGCUUCUCCCCAGACCAGCGCCCCACAGGCCCUGGCUCUUGGCGCAGCACCCCGGUUCUGCCCCCUCUGUCUCCACACACGGAGCCUCCCGAGGGCUCCAGACCUGGGUGCUGGCUGGGAAGUCGGUUCCACCCCCAACACAAGCCAAGAGUCUCCAUUUACUUUCAUUCCUUCUCCUCUUGGAGCAGUUGGAAAAGCCAAGCCCAGAAGGAGGGGAGCAGGAAUCUUAACUUCAAGGAGGUGGAGUAUUUUUUCUUUGCUUGACCAGAUCUUGGACUUCAGAAACUCCAGUACCAAGUCUGCCAAAGCAGAUAUGUUCCUUUAGAGAACAAAUCAGCACUUUCUAUUUGAAAUGCAUUUGAUGGAAACAUUUCCAACCAGCAGUUAAGAUUUUUUUUUUUAGACCAGUGAUGCUGCUCAUCGGGCAUUUAACCUGCCUGCACUGACCCUGAGGAGGGGGAGCUGCGUUCUACCUGCUGCCAGGGAGACUCACCUGCUCCAGGCUGCCUGGCUGAGGCCCGGCCUCCUCCCUGGGGCUGGCAGAGCUCUGCCCCAGCUCCACUUUGUGAGGAGGAGGAGAACAGUGAAGAUGAAGAUGAUGAUGUGACCAGCUGCAGGCUCGGGCCUGUGCAGCUCUCGGCCAGGUGGUGAACUGGAAUCUGACCAUUAAGCUUUCAGAGGUGUUAAUUAUUUGCCAUAUACUUGAAUGUAUGAGCUUAUUUAUUUUUUACAUGUGCAUUUGCUAAUGUCAUUUUAAUGGGGAAUUUCCAACCCACAGGUACUUUUUUUUCUAAAAAAUAAUCUGCCAAAUGAAUUAAUAUAUUAGAAAUGAAUACAGCGCAAGGGGAAGGGGAGGUUGUGCUUAAUAAAUAUUUGUGUCUAA